UCUCCCGUCCGCCAGGACGCCGCCGCAUUUCGUCCUCCAAACUCCGACAAGCGAUGAGGUUUUACCGGCGUGUUAUUUUGAUAUCCCCUCCUCUCAUAAUGUUUGGACCGUUUUAAUAGACAUUUCCACCGUUACUUUGACACUGAGGAUGUUCGAUGGAAUUGUGAGAGCGCACCCGCUGCCUAUCGACGAGAACUUGUCGGGAGUAAUGAAGUCGAGAGGAGCAACUUUUGACCACCAACCGAAUCGCUCCUGACCAAGCAAUCUAUCUAUCUAUCCGAGCUAAGCUGUUAGCCGCGCGCGCGUGUGUGGAAUGCCGUGGAAUCUGUCGCCAACUGAAAGAGGAGCAAGCCUCCACAACUAGCCACGUAAUGGCCUGGACAGCGGCUCCGUGACAUUAAGCGUCAACUUUGAGGGAGAAACCCGUCGACCGGCGGCUGCAUCCUUAUUCCCGGGGGCAGGUGCACCUCCUCCCUGCGGCACCUGCGACGAAGCCUCGGCGGUGCUAGCUUUAGCAUCGAGCACAAGUGGGACACUUUGUCAAUGUUUCUCCCCGUCGAAGUUCGAACUAUUUAACGCCGGGAAUGCGCAGUGUUACGCUUAAAAACUCACGCCUACUACACUAGGGGACAUUUAAUCGACUUUAGCUGAGCGUUGAGCCAGCCACUUGUAGCCGGGAGUCGACGGAGUGGUGUGGGAUAAAGUUACAGUCCCGUGUGGGACGCUCCUCGCCGAGGGACUUUGGUCAGUGUCAAGAGCCCAGGCGGGGAAUUCCCCUCCUUUUCAAGCACUACAUCCAACAACAUGCGGAGCUCAACAAGUCACCCUUUGCUUUUUUAAUUUAGCUUCUUAAGCCCUGCACCCUAUGGUGCCAUUACGGCCACCGAGAAAUGGAUGUCUCGCAGGCCGCUUUCCCAAACGGUGAAGGGCGGCCGGGCGGCGGCGGCGACGAGGAUGGAGGAGGAGGGAGUCGGGCACAUGCCUGGACAGACUGUCCCACGCACGCUUGGGCUCACUCGGCACCCCUGUGCCCGACCCGAUCGCUGUGGACGGCGGCGUACGACUACGAAGCGAGCGGCGAGGACGAGCUCAGCCUUUGCCGCGGCGACGUGGUGGAGGUCCUGUCCAAGGACGCGGCCAUCUCCGGCGACGAGGGCUGGUGGACGGGCAAAAUCAACCACCGCGUCGGCAUCUUCCCCUCCAACUAUGUCACCUACCAGCCGGCCAUUUACCGUCUGCCCAUCACCAGCAGCGUGGGGGAGCGGGUCCCAGCUUCGCCCGUCCGGAUCCCCUUCUCCGAGCUGGUGCUGGAGGAGAUCAUUGGUGUGGGGGGCUUCGGCAAAGUGUACCGCGGCACGUGGAAGGGCCAAGAGGUGGCCGUUAAGGCGGCCCGGCAGGACCCCGACGAGGACAUUAUGGCCACGGCUGCCAGCGUCAAGCAGGAGGCCAAGCUGUUCUCCAUGCUGCAGCACCCUAACAUCAUCAAGCUGGAGGGGGUGUGCCUGGACGAGCCCAACUUGUGCCUGGUCAUGGAGUACGCCCGAGGGGGCACGCUCAACCGGGCGCUGACCGGCAGGCGAAUCCCGCCGCACAUCCUCGUCAACUGGGCCGUGCAGAUUGCACGCGGGAUGCACUACCUGCACGAGGAGGCCGUGGUCAUCCACCGAGACCUCAAGUCCAGCAACAUUCUGUUACUUGAAACGAUCGAGAACGACGACAUCGGCAGGAAGACGUUGAAGAUCACAGACUUUGGCCUGGCCCGGGAGUGGCACAAGACCACCAAGAUGUCGGCAGCGGGCACCUACUCCUGGAUGGCCCCUGAGGUCAUCAGGAUGUCCCUUUUUUCCAAAGGCAGUGACGUUUGGAGCUACGGCAUCUUGCUGUGGGAGUUGCUAACAGGGGAGGUGCCUUACAGAGGAAUCGACGGCCUGGCCGUUGCUUACGGUGUGGCCGUCAAUAAAUUAACCUUACCCAUCCCCUCCACCUGCCCUGAACCCUUCGCCAGGCUCAUGGAAGAGUGUUGGGACCAGAACCCGCACGUGCGCCCCUCCUUCUCCUGCAUCCUGGAGCAGCUGUCGGCCAUCGAGGAGGCGGUGAUGGCCACCAUGCCGCAGGACUCCUUCCACAUCAUGCAGGACGACUGGCGCGUGGAGAUCCAGGAGAUGUUUGACGAGCUCAGGACCAAAGAGAAGGAGCUGCGUUCGCGUGAAGAGGAGCUGACGCGGGCCGCCCUGCAGCAGAAGUCCCAAGAGGAGCAUCUGAAGCGGCGCGAGCAGGAGCUGGCCGAGCGCGAGAUCAACGUUCUGGAGCGGGAGCUCAACAUCCUCAUCUUCCAGCUCAACAAGGACAAGCCCAACGUCAAGAAGCGCAAGGGCAAGUUCAAGCGCUCCCGCCUCAAGCUCAAGGAUGGCAACCGCAUCAGCUUGCCUUCAGACUUCCAGCACAAGAUCACAGUGCAGGCGUCGCCCUCCAUGGACAAGAGGCGGAGCCUGCACAGCACCAGCUCCUCUCCCCCCAGCAGUCCCACACUCAUCCCCCGCCUACGAGCUAUUCAGCUCACGCAGGACGAGAGCAACCGCACGUGGGGUCGCAGCGCCCCCUCAAGGCCGGAGGAGUUUGACGACGUCAGGAGAGGCAUCAAGAAGAAGGGGAGAACUUGGGGCCCCAACUCAGUGCAGAGCAAGGAGAGACCUGCUGUCACAGAGAGAGUACGUCCCCUCUCAGAUGGCAGCAAUCCUUGGUCCACCAGUCUGAUGAAGUCGCAGAAGUCUGUCCCCCUCGCCGCUCUCUUUGCCGAACAAGCAGGGAGCAGUAAAGACGAGGCCUUUCCUCAGGAGUGUCCCGACAGCAGCUCCAAACCAAAGCAGCUCAAGUUCCCCAACCAGGUGUACCUGGAUCUACCUCUGUGGCGGGACGAACCGCAGCCUCCCUGCGCCUGCGGGGAGGGCGGGCCCGGGCCGGCGGCUCAGGGCUGCCCGGCCGACGGUCCCGAGGACCCCUACACCACCACGUCCACGUCCUCCGCCUCCACCACCCCGCAGCUCACGCCCACCAACAGCCUGAAGAGGGUGACGGCCCGCCGCAAGACGGAUUCCGUGCUGUACGGCUGCGGCUCGCUGCUGGCCUCCGUCGUGCUGGGCUACGACAUCCGCGAGGCGCUCAAGAACGCUCAAGAUGACAGCGAGCUGCCGCGGGAGGAGAAGAAGAAAAAGGAGGGCCUGUUUCAGAGGGCCACCCGCUUCCGCCGCAGUACCUCCCCGCCGAGCGGCGGCCGCCCCCGUAAGGAUGAGGGUUCGCCGGGCCACGCCCCCAACCCCCACGCCAACCUGGUCUCCAUGUCGGCCAUCGUGGAGUGUCAGUCCACCAAGUGUCUGCUACAGUCGGAGGCCGAGGUGUCACGCUGCGGCCCCGCCAAGGUGGACCUUGUACCUGUCACUCAUCACGUCGAGAUGCUUCGGCCUACCUUGCCAUCGCCUGCUGAAAAAAAGCAGACGCCAAAAACCCAAAGCCGACAGUCGGAGGUUAUGAACCAUAACACGGGGACACGCCUCCGCAGAAAAAAGUACAACAAUCAUGAUGCUAACGGGAUCCCCAGCCUGCCGCCCCCCGCCGCCCCCAAGAAAACCAGGAACACGCGGCCCGUGUCCUUCUGGGCCAAGCCGCAUACUCGAGGCCUGGUGGCCCGCCUGGGCAAGAGCUACUCACUGGGCCACUACUCUGGCGAGAAGGCGGCGCAGGCCUGCUCGCUGCUGGACAUGGACGCCGAGGGCCAGAAUCGCGACUGCACCGUGCCGCUGUGCCGCAUCCAGAGCUCGCCGGCCAGGCCCAGCGUCUACGAGCUGGAGAACGACUUCCUUUCCUAGCGUUCACGUACGGGGUCCUACAGAUGCUGUUCACACUGCCUUUAGUUUCGCAUCAGGUUAGUCCAGAACAGGGGUGUCAAACUUGUCGUCAUCACGAGCCAAUAAUAGCAACCAAAAUGGUUGAAAAAAUAAUCAUGGCAUUUGAUCAUGAAUCAGUUUUUCUAUGAGAACUUUUUGUUGGAGGAAAAAUGGACUGGACCCGUUUGACACCCGUGCUCUCGAACGUAGAGCUUUAGACAUGAUUCUUUUCCACACUUUGUCGUCGGUGCAGCUUAACGUUGACCGCGCUGCAGCGCUCACAAGACAUUCUGGUAUUUAUAUAUCUAUUUUUUAUCCGUAAUUUAAUGGCAGAACUGUACAUGCACAUGUACAAUGAUGAGGUCAUCUCUUGAUUUCGGGCUAGUAUGUAAAUAUUCCUUUGCAUCUCGCUGCUCGCUCAGUGGCGCUUCCAGAUGCAAACGACAGCCUUCCUUUGCUGUCCUCUGUAUCCGAAGCGCCACCUGCAGGCGCUUGAAGGAAGCGCAGGUUGAAAAGCAUUUCAAUGAAGGAGUCCCAAGGAAAACAAAUGUCACUUUUUGAAUCUUUUUGGAAACGUGACGACUUUUCCGACGCGGUCCCGAAGAUUUUGUGUUGUCACAGUGUCAUGUGACCUGCGCGCCCCAUGCAAGCCAACCUCUAUUUUGUUUUGAAACCCUCAAAAAAGCUCAACAUGAGGCUUUUCGUGGAAUCUUUGAAAGCAGCCACUAGAAUGGCUUCCUCAGGAUCAACUAAAGGGCUCCAUUUUGUAUUUUCUAGUUCACCGCAUGCACCGCGAGGACGGACUAUGCAGUCUCAAGGAGCGCUUGCUUCCCACCGUUUGAGGCGGCUGCUCUCAUUUUGAGAAAAUGAUCUCAUGCGUUUUCUAUGAUGUCCUCGAAUGGAUGUGUGUAAAUACGACUGAUAUUUUCAAAUCACUUUGAUGAAUUUGACAAUGUGAAUUCUCCUUAAUCCGACUCUAAUGAAUAUCGACCCAGAUGUCAAUUAAUUUCCGCAAAAAGAGGUGCUCCCUCCCUCUAAUAUUUGGCCGCCAUUUUGUAUCCAGUUAUCAAGGGAAACAAAACGCCUUCCUGACAUUUGAACUUUGUUGCUAAUUGAAACAGCAGGACCUACCAUGAGCCAAUCGGUGGGUGUCGCUUCAGACAAAGCCCUGGAAAAUGGGAAGCAACUAUUUUCAUUCAGUCACCGUUUAUUGUUAACCAAAACAGUAGCACCUACUGUGCCCAAAUUAGUUGUUGCGUGCCACUUGAGAAAACGCCCUCAAAUAAAUUUCAAAUGGGAAUAGAAAGAAACCUGUAAUUGUUUCUAUUCAGACGCUCUUGUGAACAAAUGCACGUUUGGACGCCAUUGCAACUCUUGCUAACCAAAACAGUAGAACCUAAACUUAAACUCAACAUAGUUGAUGGGCACUAACGCCUCCCUCAAAUAAAUCCGAUCAACAUAAACACCGUGUGUGCGUGUUGAACCCGCGAGCCAGCCGAUGUGAAGUGAGCAAACAUUCCGUUGUCAAUGUUUUUUUUUUUUUGUAUUUCCUCGGUCGGAGCUUCUGCCAAGUGGACCAAAAUGAAAGAAAAAAAGAGAGACGUCGCUUGAGGACAUUGUGGUGUGUUUGUGGCGGACCAAAAUGCCAGCGGCUGCUUGUGUUUGUUAGAUGUGUACUUGUGUGCUUGAGAAAGACUCCGAGUGACGUUGGGCUUUUGCGCUUCCGAUCGGAUGAGACAAACUACGCAAAGUACUACACUCUGUCCACUGUGCCUUUCAGUGAUUUUUUUUAUUCUUAUCAUUAUUAUUAUUACAGUAUUUCAUUGCCAGAUUGAUCAAGAGUAUCAACAUUUUUCAAUAAAGUUGAAAUUAAGACUUGA